UAAAAGCACCCUCAAUCGCCGCCCCCACACCGACUCGAGGAUUGUUUGCAUCUCCAUCCUCUUCUCUCUCUAUCAUUUCUAUUCCUAAGCAGGUACGCUCCAAAGCACAACAUCAAGCAAUCAUGUCUCCCAUCCAAUCCUUUGGUAAACUUCUGGUUCUGAUUCUCGUCUCUUCAAGCUCCGCCAUGUCUCUCACUCGCUACACCGCACCCAUCCCCCAGGGGGCGAAGGUGGUCGAGACGCGUGAGCAACUCAACCAAGUAGUCCGGGAAAAUCCCGAGACUGUCCUGUACGAUCAGGAUGGUGGCUACAUGUUGAAAGAUGACAGCGGAACCGUGGUUGCUAUAGCUGCAGACUCUCUGUGUCCCGAGUUGGACCAGGCCUUGGCUGAAGUCGAGGCCCUGCAAGCAGAGGCGAAGCUGGCUGGCAAUGCCGGAGACCAAGGUGAUACCACCAGCAAGAAAAGAGACGUUAAUGAUGUUCAGGACACUAAUCGUCCACUUCGUUGUUCUCACCCUAGAUGCUUCAAUUCCGCCAUCUGCCUGACCUAUACCGAUUGUCAUGUCUGUUUGCGACAGCACCACUGUAUCUGA